AUGGCUGAGUGGAAGAAGUUGAGUGUUUUGGGAGAAGGUUCAUUUGGCAAAGUGUAUCUUGUUCUUCUACGUUUUACACAAGAACAAAAUUCGAAAGUUUCACUCUUAGCAGCAUUGAAGACAAGUUCUUCUGCUUCAAUGGUAAGGGAGAAAAAGAUUUUUGAUUUAUUAUUGGGUUGCAAAGGGAUUGUGCAAUGUCACUAUUAUAAUAGCAUUGUUGAGGGAGGUAAGUUAACUUAUAACCUUUUCAUGGAAUAUGCCAUUUAUGGUUCUUUGGGCAAUUUAAUAAAGACAAAGUUAUUCUCUGAUAAGGAAGUGGUAGUCUACACUCANAUGAUUCUCAAGGGACUUUAUUGUAUGCACGAGAAGGGAAUUGUUCAUGGUGAUCUUAAACCAGAUAACAUUCUCCUUUUUCAUUCAUCGGAUCGUCAUAUAAAAUAUCAACUAAAGAUUUCUGAUUUUGGAUUGUCUAAGACUAGCGAAGAGGCAAAUACUGAUUUAGGAGAGAUCAAGUUCAGAGGGACACCCUAUUACAUGUCACCAGAAUCAGUUAGAGGUUUUAAGGAAACACCUUUAGAUAUAUGGUCUUUGGGAUGCAUUGUUAUUGAGAUGAGCACUGGACUUCGAGAAUGGUGGAACUUUGAAUCCACAAACCAAUUAUUGUGCAAGCUUGCAUUUUCUGAAGAAGAACCAAAGAUACCAGAUAAACUUAGUUACGAUUGCAAGGAUUUUUUGAGAAAAUGUUUGGUGAAUGAUCCUACGCAAAGAUGGACGGCUAAAAUGCUUCUUAAUCAUCCUUUUAUUCAAAAGAAAUAG